AUGCUCACAGUCUCGCGAACGUUACUAUGGUUGGGUCUGGCAUUGACCGGCGCCCCGGGUGUUCGCUCUCACCCGGCUGCCGACUCAACCUCCCCGGUCUUGUCCCUCGACGUGAUCCCCCGCGCUCUCCCAGACUCCCCCAGCGGCGACUACGCCCCAGCAAUCGUCGACUGUCCCCGAACUCGACCCUCCAUCCGCCUGGCCGACCGCCUCUCGGACGAUGAGGCCUCGUGGGUCCGCCGCCGUCGCAACAACACCAUCGAGCCCAUGCGCGACCUACUCGUCCGCGCCGCUAUCCCCGAUUUCGACGCCGCCGCCUACAUCAACCGCGUCCGCGACAAUACCACCGCCCUCCCCAACAUCGGCAUCGCUUUCUCCGGCGGUGGUUACCGCGCCCUCAUGAACGGCGCGGGCUUCCUCACUGCCGCUGACAGCCGGAACCGCGACUUGGCGGAGCACGCCACCGCCGUCGCCGGCCUCCUCCAGUCCGCCACCUACAUCGCCGGCCUCUCGGGCGGAGGCUGGCUCGUCGGUUCCGUCUUCGCCAACAACUUCUCCACCGUCCCCGCCCUGCAGCGUGGGGCCGAGGACUCGCCCCUCUGGCGCUUCGACCGCUCCAUCCUCCGCGGGCCCCGAGAGUCCGGCAUCGGCAUCCUCAACACCAUCGACUACUGGCGAACCAUCCACGACCAAGUCUCCGCCAAGGCCGCGGGCUGGGACACCUCCAUCACCGACUACUGGGGCCGCGCCCUCUCCUACCAGCUCGUCAACGCCACCGACGGCGGUCCCGCCUACACUUUCUCCUCCAUCGCCAACUCGCCGCACUUCCGCGACGCCGAGGCCCCCUUCCCCAUCCUCGUCGCCGACGGCCGCGCCCCCGGCGAGCGCAUCAUCUCCCUCAACGCCACCGUCUACGAGUUCAACCCCUUCGAGAUCGGCUCCUGGGAUCCCACCACCUACGGCUUCGCCCCGCUGCGUUGGCUCGCCUCCAACUUCACCGACGGCACCGUGGGCCGCGGCGGCGGCGGCCUCGACGACGACAACCGCGACGACAACAACUGCGUCCGCGGCUUCGACCAGAUCGGCUUCGUCAUGGGCACCUCCUCCUCCCUCUUCAACCAGAUCAUCCUGCAAAACACCACCGCCGCCGCCGCGGACACCCCCGUCCCCUCCUUCGUCGUCGACGCCAUCGAGUCCAUCCUGCGCCGCCUGGACCGGAACGAGAACGACAUCGCCCAGUACGAGCCCAACCCGUUCUACCGCUGGAACCCCACCGGCCAGUCCCACAACGCCGACGCCCGCCAGCUCAGCCUCGUCGACGGCGGCGAGGACCUGCAGAACAUCCCCCUGCACCCUCUCAUCCAGCCCUUCCGCGCCCUGGAUGUCAUCUUCGCCGUCGACUCCUCCGCCGACACCCACAACAGCUGGCCCAACGGCACCGCCCUCCGCGCCACCUACGACCGCGUCGCCACCGAAAUCGGCAACGGCACGCUCUUCCCAGCCGUCCCCGACGCCGACACCUUCAUCAACCUAGGCCUCAACCGCCGCCCCACCUUCUUCGGCUGCGACGCCGCCAACUUCACCUCCAGCCGUAUCAACGACGACGACGACGACGACGACGACUUGUUCGUCGUCCCGCCCCUGAUCAUCUACGUCCCCAACGCCCCCUACACCGUCUUCAGUAACGUCUCCACCUUCCAGCCCUCCUACCCGCUCGGCCAGCGCGACGCCAUCAUCCGCAACGGCUUCAACUCGGCCACCCGCGGCAACAACACCCUCGACGAAGAAUGGCCCGUCUGCGUCGCCUGCGCCGUCCUCAGCCGCUCCUGGUGGAAGGCCAACGAGUCGGCCCCGGACGCCUGCGCCCGCUGCUUCGACCGCUACUGCUGGGACGGCUCCACCGACACCGCCCCCGUGCGCAACUACGACCCUGCGUACAUCAUCGGGCCCGAUUUCGGCUCCGAGGAGAACGCGGCUGCUGGGCUGCCGGGGAGCCGCGGCCCCUGGGCGUUGAGUGCCAUGCUGGGUGUGGCGGUGCUGAUGGUAGCUUUGUAA